AUGCAAGAAGCUGAGAAAAGAAGCGAUGAAACAGAGUCGGGAUCCAUGAAAGAGACCAAGGGACGAGCUCCGGAUUUGAGGCCUGACGAGAAAAUUAGGAAAGAAAAAAAGAAAACAGAGUUGAUACGAAUUUCUCAGGAGAAUCUUCAGGAAGAACGAAGAGAGGGAGCUAGUAAGAGGGUCGGUUCGAUUCCAUCUUCUGAUGAAAACAGAGAAAAUAUGAAUCUGAGAGAUGCGUAUCCAGUUCGUCCCGGUGAAAAAGACUGUCAGUUUUACCUCGACACUGGUCUGUGUGGCUAUGGAAGAAGUUGUCGUUACAAUCAUCCUACUCAUCUUCUAAAGGAUCAUCCGGAGAGGAGUGAUUUGCCCAUCUGUAAGCAUUUUCGGAGAGGUAAUUGUCGGUUCGGCUCAGUUUGUGUAUAUCGACACUUAGAGGACAUGGAAGGUUCAGAUGUGUAUCAGCCUAGAAGAACUCACGAAAUUGAGUCAGGAUCCAGGCCAGAGAAGAGGGCAAAAAUUAUUCUGGAUUCCGAAGAGCGUGGUUCAAAAGAAAGAUUCGAAAAUUUAGAGGAAUUACGAGAGCAAGACAAUCCCCAAGAACAGAUACAGAGAUAUACUGAAAGGCAAGUGACAGAGAGAGCUCAUCACAAUCUGCAUCAACAAAGCAACGAUGAAUCAGAGGCACAAGACAAUAUGCAGGUUCAUCAACCAGAACAAGAACAAGAGAUGAAGACGCCACACCAUACACCGCAGCAACAACAACCUGUGCAGACUCCGCAGCAGCAACCAUCGUUAGCUUCUCAUUUUAAUCUUUAUCCGUCGGUGGAAAAAUUAGCAGAUGCGAUUGAAGCUGGACCACGAGAUCAGAACUCUGGUGCCCUGGUGACUGAAGUGAACAGCCAUUUUGACAAGUGUCAACAGCUCUUGAAUUCAAUUUCAAAAUCCCUAGGAUCUCACAUUAAUGUGUAUGUUGAUGACCAUAAGGAAAAAUUAGAAGAAAAUGAACAAUUGCUUCAACAAAGAAAGGCAUUGAUUGAGGAAUAUAAGAAAUCUGUUGAAGAGAUUAUGAAGAAAGAGCCCUAG